AACCAUUGAAAUGCAAGUCGUUUCAGUACGACGCAUUAAACCCGAACACGAGUGCUCGACCUUCCAGUUCCCACCCUCACGGUCCUUUUUGCUGGGGCAUCAUAUUCAUUUAAUUACACCGACUUUUAUAAUUGGGUUCUUCUACUUUUGCUAAUCGCUAAAGGCCUACAUGGCCUUAUUGACCAUGUGGGCGUCAAAGGCUGUUAUUUCCAGGUGUCUGUUGCAGCUCCGACAUAUGUCACCGGCCGUGUCGCUUCACACCAGCCCUGUCCAAAGCGACUCCAACCGGACAUCGGUCGUGCGCAUCGGUAGACAGAAAUACGAGAGGCUGUACCCGGUUCUCCUCGUGCAACCGGACGGCUCAACGAUUAACAUUAGAUACCGCGAGCCUAGACGGAUUCUCAUGAUGCCGGUGGACCUGUCGACGCUGUCAGAGGAGGAGAGGAAGGCACGCAUGAAGAAGAGAGACCCCAAGAGGGGCGCGGCCAAGCGGAAGGAGGCGUGGUUUGACGACGACUUCAAAGCGGACGACUACAGCCAGUUCUGGAAGAAGAAAUGACCUGGCACACACGCGGAGACUGAUGUCGAAACGGGACUGAUACGCAGCUACGCCUGCCCCUUCUGUGCGUUCACAUGUAUUGUGCUCUGGAAAGCUUUUGUUAUUAAAUGGAUGAUGAUGA